UUACCAUCGCCUAAGCUGCGCGCGCCUCACCCCAUCCGCAUCACACGCGCUCACCUGCGCGGGGACUUUCGUCAAACGCAACUUUUGCUUUCUGUGGGGGAUUUCGAGCCUCUCGUUGCCCACACCCAGGUGAUAUGGAUUAACUGCACUUCUUCGAGGUGCGGCGGGGUUUUUUGCGGCGCUUUUCGAAGUUGUUCCACGUACAGGACGGUCGGGACGGCCCGCCCUGCGCUCAGGAGGGGAUUAGAGAGCGGAAACCCGCUACUCGGAGAUGAAGACACGUCACCCUGGUCUUCUUCAGUGGAGUGAUGGGCGAGCAGCGAGGGGAGCGGGACUGUAACUGGCACCUUCAUGGAGCCCUGAUACCCAGGGCAGAGAGCAGGUAAAUGGAGGUGCAGGACAGGAGCCGCUCCCCGUCUCGCAGGACCAGCCGAGUAGAGCAGGUAGUGGGACGAUGGCUGAGACGGUCCAGAGACUUGGGCAGCAGAUCUCACUCUCUGAGCAGGGAUCGGGCUGCAGCAGACGGGAAGACAGCAGAGUCCAGUAGCUCUGACCAGAGGAAUUAUCCCUUCCGCUUCAAUAUUCAGAUCCAGCGCGACCCAAACCUCAACUCUCAUGGCCUCACGCUUUCCUCCCAGAACCCGAUUCUGGUGGAGGAGGUCACCCCAGGUGGGCCUGCAGAUGGUCGGCUCGUCCCUGGCGACCAGCUUGUGAAGAUCAAUAACGUCUCUGUCGAUGACCUGACCCCAGAGCAAGCUACUGAGAUAAUCAGGGAGUGCCCAGAUACGUUGACUAUGACGGUACUCAGAACAAUGCUGGGCCCAAAGUCAUCAUUUAUCACACCGGAGAAGAGGGCCAAGCUCAGGUCCAACCCUGUGAAAGUCCACUUUGCUGAGGAGGUGGAAGUUAACGGACACACACAGGGGAACUCCCUGCUCUUCCUGCCCAAUGUACUGAAGGUGUACCUCGAGAACGGGCAGACCAAGGCCUUCAAAUUUGAGCCCAGUACCACAGUCAAGGACAUUGUGAUGACACUGAAGGAAAAGCUUUCUCUGAGCCGCAUUGAGCAUUUCUCGCUAGUGCUGGAGCAGCAGCACAGCAUCAGCAAAUUGCUGUUGCUACAUGAUGAGGAGAGGAUACAGCAGGUGGUCCAGAAGAAAGAGGCCCAUGACUACAGGUGUUUAUUUCGUGUUUGUUUCAUGCCCAAAAACCUUCAGAUGCUGCUGCAGCAGGAUCCCGCUGCCUUUGAGUACCUCUACCUGCAGGGGGUGAACGAUGUACUGCAGGAGCGUUUUGCAGUAGAGAUGAGGUGUAACACCGCCUUGCGACUUGCUGCACUACACAUUAUGGAGAGGCUAGCGAGCUGUGGACAGUCACCCAAAACCAACCUGAAGAUGAUCACAAAGACUUGGGGCAUAGAGAACUUUGUGUCAUCCACCUUGCUGAGGAACAUGCGAGAAAAGGAUCUGAGAAAGGCCAUCGGCUACCACAUGAAGAAGAGCCAAUCCCUGUACGAUCCCAAGCAGAAGGGCCUGUCAGUCGAUCAGACACGGAUCAACUAUCUGGAGGAGCUGAGUGAACUCAAAUCAUUUGGAGGGAAAUCUUUUGGUGCCACCAUGAUGCUCCAGGACAGGGAGUCGAUGGUGACCCUAUUAGUGGGAGCACGGCACGGGGUGAGUCAGAUCGUCAACCACAAGCUGAGCAUCCUGUCCACCCUCACAGAAUUCACCAGCAUAACACGCAUCGAGCUGCUGCCUGAAUCGGAAAAGGUCAGCCUGGUCAAAAUAUACCUGCAGGACAUCAAGCCCAUUACUUUACUACUGGAGUCAGCUGCGGCUAAGGAUAUGUCCUGCUUAAUAGCAGGGUACUGCCGAGUGUUUGUUGACCCUGACCUCAACGUCUUUCCCUGGAUAGAUGACUCCAAGAAGCACAGAAUCUCUGCUGAGGAAGGUUAUGUUUCACGGUGUGGCAGUGACUCCGAUGAAUCCUCAGACUUAGACAUGGAACCGCUGGUCAACCUGGUGUCUGACAAGAAGCCCCGCCUUCGAAUCAGAUCUUCAUCAGAUCCAGAUGGACGGAACAGAAAAGACAGUCGGAGAAACAAAGAUGAGAGUGAAAGGGGAGAGAAACCUGGCGAGGAUAAAAGACUAAAAGAUGAAAAGGGUUCUGACACUAAAACAGAAAAGUUUCAGCUCGAUAAGAAUGAAGAGAAUGAAAGCUCAGAGCACAGGAAGGAGAUGAAGAGAGUGCAGGAUUGUGGACAAAUAGAGAUCCACGUAACGGACAAUGAUUCGGGGAGACACGCUAGACAGGAAGGGGAGAUGGGAUGUGAAGAGGAUGUGCGAGCAGCAGAGGAGGAGCCGUCUGUAUCAGAUUCAUGUCAUACGGACUCUCAUGUCCUCACCAGCGCCUCCAGUGACACUCUCGAUGGCCUGGAGGAAGAUGACUUGAUGUCAUGCUCCUCUUCCUCUAUCCACCCCAGUGCUGCUUCACAAAGUCACGCCAAUGUCCACUCUUCAUUUCACCUUCACCCUUAUUCUCAUGGGCAUGUACAGCCUCACCUGCUUGCCCCACCACCUGCGCACUCCCAUCCCCUGAUUCACCUCACAACUCCUGACAGAGGAGGAGGAGGGGCCUGCAGGAGAUCAGGCGAUGGAGCCGAUCCCCAGCUCACCUCACCCGUCUCCACUUCUUCUCAGAGCCUUGCUGAUGCCCAAAGAUCUUCAGGUAACCUCUGCACUGAUGACAGCUCCCUGUGUUUCGCGGAGCUCUCCCGCCUCGUGGACUUCCUGCCGAGCCCUCCAGAGGCCAGCGAGGAAGACGACGAUGAAGAAGACUUGAGGAGGAGGAGGAAUGCGUUAAAAGAAACAGAUGGGGGAAGAGAGGGAGGAAGUGUAAGCAAGGAAGGUGGUUUUAAAGAAUAUUCGUCAUCGCCUUCCCCGUCUUCAAACACAGACUUUGUGUUUAACUUUGACCAGAGCGAUGCACGCUGCUACUACAACAUCUGCUCCAACAUCACCCCCGACAGUGCACGCAGCAUUUCUCAUAAACAGAAAGAAGAGAGGGAGGAGGGAGAGGAGACUCAAGAUGAAGACCUGGAGCCAAUACCUAUCCUGCACCCGCCCCCUGGCUUUGGAGACAGCAGCUCUGAUGAGGAGUUCUUUGACGCCAGGGAUCGUUUCACCUCACCUGAAGACCCGACAUCAGGGGCUGUGCCAAGAGACAUUUGCACAGAGAUGAAGCUGGACUUCCUCAGCACACUGAGCCUCAGUGAUAUCAGAGUCUCUGUGCCGGACACAGACAAAGUUAGAGAAGCAGAAGAUGAUAGAAAAGGGAGAGAGGAAGAAGGGGGAGGCAGAGAAACUUUGUUCCAGCUCAGAAAAAGAUCGAGGAAGCGGCGUUCCUUCAUGGAAACCGAUUACACGUCCAGGGUGUCGUAUCCAGAGCCAGAUCCAGAGUCAAAGCAGGCCCUGGCUUCCAAGUGGUGUCAUAAAAAACAUUUGGGAGAAGUCAGCGAUGCCCAGAUCCUCAGUUCAGAUCCUGAACCUUCAGAGCAAACCAAGAAUCCUAGCCCCACUGUCUCCUCACUUACUCACUCUGAAGGGGAACCUGCUCAGCUUGAGUCAAAGCCCAUUCUGUCAACACUCUGCUCGCGUGCACCAGGUUUUGGUUCUCUUGAUCAGCCUAGAGACCCAAAGCCUGCUCCCAAAACCAGGAAACAGGAAAUGGAGAUGGAACCUGACGCAAUGGAGUCCAAAUCGGUCACCGAUCUGGUGAAAUCAGUGUCUCCAACCAUCACUGUUGUCCGCUGCCGUGUGGAUCCAGACGGAAAGGAGAGUGCUGAUCGGAGGGGUGACGGAAAGGAGGAAGGGGAGGGACAGGAGCAGGAUAGGGAAGGGAAAGAGGAAGGGAAGCCGGAGUCAGCAGGUUUGACAGGGAAUGGACCGUUCACUAGUCAUAUGUUUUUGCAAGAAAUCACUAAACAGAAGAUUAAAGAGGAGGAAGAGAAGAAAGAGGGAGUGGGAGCAUACUCGUCUAGCUUGAACAGACCACUUGUGGGUGUGCAGGCGCCACCAGAAAUCCACAUACUGUCUACAUGUUUACCAGACGGGAGUAAACAGAGCAGUAAUGGCCUUUUGGUGUCCAGUUUGAUUGCACCAGAGAUGAAAGAUGCAGAGGAAUACAUGCUUAAAGGGCCCUCAUAUUCACCACCACCCCCCCCACCUUCAUCCCCUCUACCCUCAGUACCAGUCCUUCACAAAUCCCAGAGUGGCUGUCUAGUGAAGGAGGAAGAGGGCAGCGAGUACGUGGAAAUCCAAAACAAAAUUACAGCUUCAGAUUAUAUGGAACACAAUCCCAAGACAAGCAAUGACAAAGAACAGGCACACGUAAAAGUCACAAGUGUUAACGACGAUGAUGCCAUCGGGGCUGCGACCAUAAGCGAUGAAGUUACAGACAGCACCACUUCUGACAAUGUUUUUGAUGAUGAUGAUGAAGUGAGUAAUUCACUGAGUGACAGGAGAGAUGACAGGACUAAAGCUACAAAGUGUAGAGCUAAAUCAGCAGGUCAAAGCGAGUCACAAAUCAAGUCUCGCUCAAGAAUUCAUUCUGAUUAUACUCGUGCUAUAAACUCAAUUACAGCAAAGCUCGGAGCUGCAACAAGCGCCACGUCUCCUACUUUUAAUUCAGGUGUUGGAUUGAAAAGCGAGAUCACAUUUCUCAGUGCUUUAAAUCAAACCGUGGUUAAACCCAGAAGUGAAACCCAAAGUGCUGAAGAUAAAGAAAGUUUAGUUAGUUCUAAGUUAGAAAAGACUAGCAUGGCUACAAUCACCGAUCUCGCUAAACAACCUACUUCUCCGACUCAUUUCCUCUUCCAAACCUGUUCCCCCGCCAUCAUGGGCCGAUUAUCUGCAUCAACGCUUAGGGGGAAGAUUCAACAGCUGCCUCUUUAUUUAUCACGAUCUCAAGAGUCUCUCAGUCAACCCGGGAUUGGGAACGUGGCUCAGAGUCCUGCUGAGGACAACACCAAGGAAGAAGCAGAGGUCACCAUUAAAGUAACAGAUGUUAAUGAUGUCAAACAAAAUGCUGACUUAGAAGUUGGCAACACUGCGGAGUCGGUAGAGUCAGAUGAUUCGGAUACAACGGUCACAGGAUCAGAGGUGGAUGGGGAGUUUUUUGUAGAACUAACAUCAGCAAAGAGUUUUAAUUCAGGGAGAGAGGUAAAGGAGGAGGUCAGCUCUGACCUGCCUGUUCAGACUGAGCCUAAGCCCCAACAUCGAAAUUUGUUGUACUCUGGAUCUGAUAAGGACACACCAGGACCAAUAACAGAGCCCCCAGCCUCCAUAGUGAGCCAACUCCAAAGAGAUGCCGCAGGUUUAAAGAUGGACACUCCUGGUCCCAUAAAAGACUCUCCAGAACCAAACUUCAAAGUCACAAGUCCAGAUGCAGACUUACCAGGUUAUAAAACAACCAAUCGAUCACCUUCCAUUCCUCCUGCAAUCGUGGUGACCACAGAGAAUCUAAAUGGACUUCCUUUUCAGCCACAGAAAAUAAGAAGGACAAGUAGCGACAGGCCUUUAAUGGAUCUUUGUAGACCUUCAGAGAAAGUUUCAGGCUCACCAAAAACACCUUCUUCGGGCUGCAGAGUAUUCACUAUCUGUGAGGAUCCAACAGAGACAAAGGCCCAGGCCGAGGUGGUGUCUGCUCCACCUCUGAAGUCAGAGUUCGGGUGUGGUUCUGUGCUAUCUUCUGGAUGCGAGUCGAUAGUAGAGGGGGUGCAGGUGCCACUGGAUGCUUGUGGUUGCCCAGCUGUUUACACAAACUGCUUCGGCAGUGAGGACAGCUUCGAUGAUGAGCUGACAGUCUACGAGUUCUCCUGCCGCACACAGAGCAGCGGAGUAACGCAGACUUCUGGGGCAGGUCUUCCUCUAAUGAGCUCUUCCCCUGUUCCCUCCUUUCUUUCCCCUACGUCCUCCCAUUCCCCCUCUUUUCCUCGUUCCAUUCUUUUCUCCUCUUCUACCUCUGAGCUCAGCCCUCUCCUCUCGCCUCUCUCUGACACCUCUGACCCUUUCACUUCUCAAACGCACAAGGACACCAUGAGUCGACUGGGUCAGCAGCGCUACCCAGAACCUCCCACGGGUUUCCAAGUACUCCGCUUAGAUGUAGACCAGCUUCUUUCCAUUCUAGAAAGUAGCAAUGCUGACCGAUCUGUAGGAGGACACAGAGCUCGUCACCCAAGAGAAACGUGCCCUGCUCACUUUACAGAGAACAAAAGGGUUCUCCAGAUGGAAGCACGGCGGCUGAUGUCAGGCUGCCAAAAGGUGGUGGGGAUCGGACAGAGCCCAGAGGAGAUGCUUCACUCUCUGGCCAACAGUUUCCGGACCCUGGUGGAGCUGGCAGGCGUGUGCCUCUGGUUUUCUGGGUGCGACAGGUGCGACCGGAGGAACGCAGAGGCCGUCGCAGGUCUGGCAGAUGUGGCCCGCUCAUUCAGGGACUUCUGCCUGGCAGCGGAGCGUGCCAGCAGCAAACGCAGCUGCCAGGACCUGAGCACCAAGCUGCUAGCCAAACAGUGCACAGCACUCACCGCCUCAGUCUUCUGCCUCACUCAGCUGUUCCGCACCCUCACUGCACUCUGAGGCGUCCACAGCCCUUCGAGAAAUUACUUUCAGCCUUGCGACCUGUGGUGUUCAACUCCUCAUCCGUGAGGUCACCAGUGAGCUCACAGCUGCUGUAGGUGUGGAUAAGUGUGACCUGGGACUCUUGGCUUGCGGUGCUGUUCCUAGGAAGCUCAAAAAACUGGGGCCGGUUAACAGUUGUUUUUUUUUUCUGGUUACCAAGGCAGAGAUCGCCGAGGCGCAUGUGGUGACUGACUAGCUGUGUACGUACUGUACCAAACAAACCAGAUGGAUAGCCAAGAGCCAGACUGUAGAGUGCUGCAAGCUUGCAUUCCAAUAUCAAGGAGCUGAUGUACUUGAAUGUAUUCUGUGUUAUUAACUGUUUAUUUAUUUAUUGAUUGGUUUAUUUAAUGAGAUACUGCAGUUUGUCUGAGGAAGAAAGGAAUGUCAAGGAAUAAAUAUGGAAAUGUUUACAGUCAUAGACAGAGGAGCAGUGGUGUGUCAAAGUAGUGGGCCUUUUUCACACAUGCACAAGCACACAUGUAAUUGAUUCAGAGUAACUCUGACUCAUCCAUUCAUACACUGGCCUUUUGUUCAACAGACUGACCAUUUUAACUCUUCUGAUCAUCUGACUGCAGUUUACGGAUUCUUAUAUACUGUAUCUUAAUAGGAUGUCAGUGAAGACUUUUUCUGAAUGUUAAUGUUUACAAAACCAAAAACUAGUGUGGGACAUGAUUUGAUGAUUUCAAGCCUGAAGCCAUUUGCUGUUUUAUAAACCUAGUAGUGGAAUGCUGAUGUAUGCGCGUUGCAGGAUUUUAUGAAACGGCACAUUCAGUUUUUUGUCCUUUUACACCGACAUUUGAUAGGAUCUGUGGAAACGUCAAAGAUUCUCAACAUUUUCUUUAAUUUAUUUUCUCUUUGACUGAAACCUUCCAGUGCAUGGUGAUGUUACUCUUACAGCUCCUUGCAUUUUUUUCCAUAUAUUAAUUUAUUUUUGUAUAUUCCACAACAGUCCGCAGGCUACAGACGAUACUUAUCAAUGGGUAUUUAUGGUGUGUGACAGAGUUCUUGAGUUUCUGAUUGCUUUCAAGAUUAUAAAAACCUUCACACCUCUGCUUGAGUUCUGGGGAUGAAGAAAAACGACUGUCCCUUAUACUAAGUGCAUUAUUAUAGAUUUCCCAGUAUAACCACAAGUACUACUUGACCAGUGACGUAAUUUGGCCACAGAAUGCAGUAUUGUUGAUUAAAUGUGUGAGCUUUUUCAGCCUUUGACACAUUGUGUAGGCCGGUCAGACCCAGUGAUUGGUUCACAGCCUCUUCUUAGUUUUCUUUAACAUCAGCACAUUUGACACGAAAAUUAUGUAUAACGGUGAUUUGCGCAAAAUUUAUUGUUGUGGAUAAGCUGUUUGUAUGGCAGCAUUUUCACUGGGAAUGUUUAACAGUUACAAGGCUCAACACACAAGACCUGCAUGUUCACUGCAGAAAUAACCAUCAAAACUCGUUUCACCACUUCAGUUCAGGGGAUACAGUAAACUGCAAACGGUGUUUCUUUUUAUGAUAGCAGCCAAAACACUUUUAUUCACAUUACUGUUUUGUUUCAUUAGGUUCCAACAGGAUAUUUUCCUGUAUUAUUUUUUCCAGUUUGCAGAGAAGAAUGGGUUUAGUUUUACCAUUAUCUCCAUGUGGCCAUUUCCCUAAAAGUAAUGAUGGAAAACCUUUUUUUUUAAUCCUCUGUGCUCACGAAGCAUGCUGUUAUAAUCCAUAAAAUGCAUUGUUGUCUCUUCAGGGAUUUUAUCUGUGAAUGACUGAUAGAUGAAGUCUGCGCUUGCUUUGUAAUGCUCAAUUCCCACCAUUAAAAACUAUGUUAUGAUC